CAUCACAUCAGUUAGAAGAAAAUAAUGUUCUAGAUGGUUAUUUUCUUCCAAAUGAAGUAGAUCUUCAUCAGGUAAUUGUAUUGCCAAAAGCAGAAUGGGCAAGGAUUCAGGACAAUCUUGGCAGCAUGACUAGAGAAGCAGCACGCAUCCUUGCCGAGAAGAAAGAACGGGAAGAAAUGCACUUACGCUCCAAAGCGGCUGUAAAAGACUGGCCCAAUACCAUUAUGGGCCUGGCACAACGGAAACUUAAAGCCAAACAAUUACGUGAAGAAAGGGAAGAGGAAGAAAGAAAAUUACUUGAUUUGGAAGAAGAACAGUUCCAAGCAGCAAAACGGAAGGAGGCUAUUGAUCAUGCAAAAAACUACCUAUACUAUCAGAAUGAAAGAGUGAAAGGGUUGCAUAGUGCACUUCUACUUGCUGAGGUCCUAAAAGAAAGAGAUGCUCAAAUUGAAUUUAAAAAGUUAAAGUCAGAUGUUAACAAAAAGAAGCAUGAAGAAAAGGAACAUGAACUUAAAGAAGCUAUUCUUGGAGAGCAAGAAAAGGCACAUCAGCGUUAUAUGCAUCAACAGGCACUACGCAGAGAUCAGCUGGAACAAAUAAAGGAGCACAAGCGUCAGGCAGAGCUGGCCAAGCUAGAAGACAAAAGAGAAGGGGAACAAAUCCAGAGAUUGAACCAACUGUACCACCUGGAAAUUCAGAGAAGAAUGAAAAAGGAACAGGAGGAAAAAGUUGAACGCCAGCAGCUCUAUCAUGCGCACGUAACUGACCAGAAAAUUAUCAAAGCAGUAGAGGAACAAAAACAAAGGGAAGAAGAUGAUCGGAUUAAAGCUCAUUUUAAAGCAAAGGAAACUAUUGCCAAGCUGAUAAAACAGAGAGAAGCUGAAAUGCGUAGAUUAACACAGGAACAUCAGGACAAAAUUGUUAGCCAAUUAGCUGUACAAAUGAAUGAGGCAUUAAAGAGGGAAGAUGAUCGUCUUGCUAGAGACAUUGCAAAAAAAGAAGCUGAACAAGAAAAAAAACGCGAAGAGAAAGAAGCAAAAGAAAAGGCAGCCAUCGAAUCUAUUGCUGAACACAGAGCCACUGUGAUGAGGAUGAAAGUGGAAAAGGAGAGAGAGGAAAAAGCAGAGGGUAAAAAAGACCUUCAUGCAUUAAUGGAAAAGAACCGCAUCUACCUGGAAAUGGAAAAAGCCAAGAAACAAAGACAACGUGACAUAAACAUGGAAGUACAGAAAAUUCAGAUCCAGCAAAUGGCUGAAAAGCAGGCAAAAAAACAGCAGGAAAAGCAAGCAGAUUUGGACUAUGAUGCUGAGAGAGAAGUUAUUGCACUUUGUAAGGAGUGUGAAUUUCAGACCUAUGCAAAGCAAAUAAUUGAAUCAGAGUCCAAGACUACACAUCAUCUUUAUCCUCUUCUCAAAGCAUCCAAAGAUGGACGAAGACUUGGACAUGGGCCAUUUUCCAGAGGAAGGGAAGGAAUAAAUACUGGUUUUCAAGCACAAGAUGGUGCUGGGACCCAGUUACCCUGCUGUAGCUCUACUACUGCUCAAGAAGUUAAAAACAUGAAAAAAUAUUGA